UCUCAAUGAUGCUGCUAAACAAUCCCAUCCCAUCAUUCCAACUUUUCCAUCAAGGAAAAUCUAGGUUUUUCUAUUCCUUUCUAUGUUAAUCAACCAAUCACCUUGAAACUAUAUACUUAACUGCUUUGUUUACUUCUUACACAUAAAUCGAUUGGUUAUCAAAGAAAAGCUACGUCACAGUUCUUGCUUGCGGAAGCUUUACUCCAGCCACAUCUUUGCUUACUGGUUACUGGCUAACAUCAUAAUCACAACAUAUCCAUCAUACAUAACCCCUCCCACUUCAAAUCAUCUCUCUUUUUACAAAUCCUUCAAAAUCAUACCCACGAAUUCCUUUUGGGUCCUUCUAAUUUUUGCAACGAUACUCACAACCGCAGAGGUUAUAGAAUAAUAGGAAUACUAAAGCCCAUCCUAAAAGAUGAAGUUCUUUUCACAGCUGUUAGUGCUGGCUUUGGCAGCUGAAGUCACGAUAGCUAGUAGCUGGUUCAGUAACGCUGGUACGUCCUUUCUUCUCAUGGUUUCUGAUUUAAAUCAUGAUCAAAUUGGCACAUUCAAGCUUCCUUGAGCUUGGAAAUCCUUAAGCCAUUCAUAGUUUCCAAAUGGAACCUUGGUGCUGAAUUAUGGCUUGCACGCGCCGUUGUGUCUUCCAUCUUUACAUUUGAUGAUUGCCCUUGCUAAUGUCCUCUUCCUCCAGUCUAUAACAAAUGGCACGAGACUGAACUUGAGAGAUGGCUUUCAGACAACAACGUUCCAUAUCCAACUCCUGCCGAUCGUAAAGAUUUGGAAAACUUAGUAAAGGAGAACUGGCAAACCAAGGUUGCAUCACCAUAUCAUGAAUGGGAUACCAAGCAACUCACCUCUUACUUGAAACAAAAGGGUGUUGAGGCUAAGGAUACUGCCGAAAGCAAUAAGGAUGGCUUGAUUGCUCAAGUUAAGGCUUAUUGGUACGAGGCAGAAGACAAAGCAGAAGAUGCUUGGUCGAAUGUUAGAGAAUGGGUCUUUGAUAGUUGGACUGGUAAGCUUUUCUUGAAGCAGGGAGAUUGUAUUCGGCACUCGCUAACAACCUCACAGAUUCUCAACUUAUGGCAUUUGCUGAUUACCAUCACAUUCCCGUUCCACACCCAAGGAGAAGAGACAGUCUUCUCCAAAAGAUUCGUUCCAACUAUGAUUCUAUUGCAAAGAAGGCUGGCGAGACUGCUGCCUACCCUGGUGACUGGCUCUACGAAACUUGGUCGGAGUCCGGUAUGUUAUUAAAACAGGCCUUUUGUGUACACAAACUAACAUCUUCCCAGACCUCAAGGAAUGGCUCGAUACCCAUGGCAUCCCAGCACCUCAACCAUCUACUCGCGACAAGUUAAUCGCUACUGUACGACGUAAUGCUCGUGUUGCUAGCCUUAGAAGUGCCGACCUCCAAGCAUCUGCCUCCGCUUCAGCUUCCGCUGCCACCGAGUCAUUGAGUGAGCAACUUCUUAACGCAUGGUCUGAUGCCCGUAAGUUUGUUCUUCACCUUCUUCCAAAUAUUAAAUUCCAAACUAACAAAGUGUAGAAAUUAAGGAAUGGGCCGACAAGAAUGGUAUCAAGGUUCCCCAAGGAAGCAAAAGAAAGGAGUUGUUGGCUAUCGCACGUAAACAUAAGGCCCAACUUCUUGGAGAUACUGCUAGCGCUUCCGCUAAGAACUUUGCAAGCAAGGCAAGCGCCUCCGGAGCAUCCGCUUUUGGUGCUGCUACUAGCUCUGCUGGGAAUCAAUAUGCGAAAGCUACUGAUGAUGCUCAACUUAAGUCUGAAGAUGCUUUUAACGCUGCUAUUCAAUCAUGGAGCGAUUCCCGCCUCAAGGCUUACCUUGAUGCUAGAGGUGUUCCCGUUCCACAAUCAGGAAAGAAGGAUGAUAUCCUCGCUGCAGUUCGUUUAAACAAACACAAGGCUGCUACUGGGUGGUCUGCUUGGACUUUUGAUACCUGGACUUUGGAUAAUUUAAGGGCUUACCUCGCCUCCACUGGUGAUGCUGCUGCCAAGAAGGCAUCAGAGAAGUCUGGAGCUACUCGUGAUGAACUUGUCCGCGCUGCACAAGACUCCUAUGCUUCUGCUUCUAAGGCUAGUGGUGAUACAUAUGCGAGCGUCACAUCUUAUCUCGCCAAACAAACUGACGCAGUUAAAGACGCUACAUUCGAGACUUGGUCUGAUUCGGAUUUGAAGGCUUAUCUUGACAGCUAUGGUGUUCCCGUUCCACAAGGAAGCACCAAGAAUGAACUUGUCGCUUUCGUUCGUAACCAAGCCAACUACUUCAAAUAUGGUGAGAACUCCAUUCCUUUAGUUGCGAUUGACCACUAACAGUAUUCAGGCACCACCACACCACAAGGUACUCUUUGGGCUAAACUCUCCAAUGGGGCACAAUGGGUUAUGGAUCAACUAUCCAUUGGUGCUGCAUCUGGUCGCAAGCAAGCUGCUUAUCAAGGCGAGAAGGCUGCCGAUGCUGUGAAGGAGGGAGCUACUUAUGCUACUAACCGUGCCGGUGAAGCCGCACAAAAGGCUGGCGAUUAUGUCAAGGAGGAGUUGUAAGCCGAUUAAUGAGCUAUCUUGACUUAACUUGCAGCCAAAAGGCUGCAAAUUGUACUAUCACAUCAUUAUGCGUCUAAUAUUUCGAACCGAAGCGAAUUAAAGGAUUUUUUACUUGGUGGGCGGACUUCCCCAUGGGUCGGGUGGGUGGAUGGUAAAAUGAGCAAUGAGGGCAAUGAAACAAUUAAUUUUCCGUUUGUGUACUUGUAGAGUGAAUCUUGUUUUUGGCGGAUACUGUAAUAACUAUUUCGUACUUAAUUGUGAAUGACUGAAAUACCUUCAAAUGUUUUAAG